ACGCACUGGACCCCUCGCUUGAAGCAAUGCAAAAUUCACUGCUGAAAGACGUAAAGAUCGAAGUCCGUCUUCGUUCGGCUUCAAAAGCCGCCCGCAAUGAUCCGAGGGCGACACCACCUCCCGAGAACUAUAUCCGUCUAAUAGAUGAGGGUUUCUCUGUCGACACCUCUGACGAUAGCUCAGAUGAUAUGUCCCUCGCCAGCCACUUCUCUGAGGACGACAUAUUUGCUGAAUUCAAGUGGCUGGAGCAGAUCGAUGGACUUCUAAUUGACCAAGACACUUUCAACUCGGGCGAGAAACUGGUCAAAAGCAUCCUAGGAGAUGAAAAAUUGGCAUGAUGCCCCAUAAUUGCCGCAUAAGGAAAUGAAUUUAAUUGAAUGAAUUUUCACCUAAUUCACCAUUCUCUUAUGAAGACUACACUCUAGGUGUAUAAAACAACGU